GCGGUGGCGUUUCUGAGGUGUUGCUCCUUCUAGGGGUUGUCAGGGAGAUAUUGAAAGGAACCAUCACUCAGUUGCCGUGUCCACCACAACCACGUCGCUGGCUCGACAUUGGACCCUUAGGUCUUUGAUUGGCUGACUUUUUCAGUAUUAUUCCGUCUAAAUUGCGAACUCGUAAACGCGUCCCACUUAAAACCUCCGUGUUUGCCCUCUUCUGGUUUUAGGUGCCAACCAUGGCCCUCCUUUUCUUACUACUGGCAAGCCCAUCGAUCGCAGAGCCCCUGCCGAUGAUUGUGCGACGCCAAGUACUUCCGACUGAUAGUUCUGGCAUCCUGAGUUCCACGGUUCCAACCCCCACUACCCCACUGAGCACUGAUUCUUCACAAACCAGCACAACCAUCCUUAGUGACACAACUGAGUUUUCGACAGUAACCCCCUCUUCGAGUCCCACAGACACACCAACGGAGAGCUCCACAAUUCAGUCAGAGUCAUCCAUAACUUCUGCGGCCGAAUCUCAAACUCCCACACCACCUAUCCCGCCAACCUUCACCCCCCCAAGAGAAUCAAAACACAGAGAUAAUAGUGGUGCCAUAGCGGGUGGAGUCAUCGGGGGGCUCCUCGCUUUCGCGGUGCUCGUCGGCAUAUUUUUCUUUUUCGCAAGAAGGCGCCGAUUCUCUCCAGGGCGGACACGCGGGUUCGGCCGUGGCCCCAGCUUUCCUCCGUCUCCUCGCCUUAAUCGUCCAUGGCAGUCCGACAUUUACGAAGGAUCCGCUCUUGAUUCGGCCAAACCACACAGACUCGACUCCAUAAACGGUGGAGAUCCUUUUCGAGCUGCCAGUCUGCGUGGUGCCGAUGACAGACUUCGAGCCUCGAAAGAGUUUGCGGCAGGAACGGCAGUUAGUGUAGGAGGCAGUAAACGAAAUACCCGCUCAUCUUCCAAAAGCAACGUUCUGAAUGUUGUUCCUGGGACGGCGUACGAUCUCAAUGUCUUCCGCAAUAAGGCCGAUGAGCGGGGACACGCUGAUCCCUCUCGUUCGCAAACUUCCUUCCACUCGGUCCCGGGAGAAGACUCUUCAAACCCAGCCGGGGCGAAUGGCGUUACCAGGAAUCAUUCUCUUAAACGCAAACCUGCUCCAACCUACAAUGAAGAAGAGGAGUCCAGCCCCCCUAGGAGUCCUAAUUCCAGUAAGCCACCUGUUGCUGGGACGCGUAUGGGCCGCGUGAGGUCACACUCUCAGGCGAGUUCAAAUUCACGGCGUGGAGUGGAAAUUAGUGGCAAUGGAGACAUGGAACUCAACCACAAGGGCAGUGGCCAGUUCUACGGGGAAAAGGAAGGACCAGUGCAUUAUCUCGUGCCAGAUUUACCUUCAUCGAACAUGAUCUGAGAUUGACGUUAAGAGUGAUAGGUGCUUUUCCACACCCUCCGCAACCUUCUUGGCAAGAUUGCCCACCCUUGCAUUAAGGAUUCCUCGAUCUCUUCGUAAUUCCAUAUUUCGGAUUUAUCUCCAUCGUCCAUGAAAUCUGUAAUUGCUACUUUCCGUUCACUUCGCUUACCUCCAAAUCUUUGUGUAAUGGUGACUGUACAUUCGUGUUGUACUGAACACUUUGAUCAUUAGCUAGCGCAUCAUGAGUCUCGUGUCUUGCUCCUAUCUUCUCUGUAUUUAUACAGCAGGCAUUAUGUAUCGAUGGAUUCCUCCCUAGUCUACACCUCAUCUUUCGCCAUG